CAGCUUCACACUGCGCGAUAAUCGCAUCCGCCAUGCAUCAGGCACCACCGGCAACAGAAAAGUAACAGCCCGCACCGAUCGAAACGCCUAGAAAUCACGCACAAUCCCGGGACGAGCGAUCCGAGCAUUGCGGUUCCGCGCCCUGACGGCCAGCAGCGCUCGUGAAUUGGCAGAGCGAGAGAGAGAGAGAGAGGGAGCGCGAGUGCGAAGCGAUCGACGGAUUGAAGAGGAUGGAGUGGCAGCCGGAUGAACAGGGAUUACAGCAGGUGCUACAGCUGCUCAAAGACUCCCAGUCUCCAGAUACGGCCACACAGAGAGCCGUUCAAGAGAAACUGGAGCAGCUGAAUCAGUAUCCCGACUUCAACAAUUAUCUCAUCUUCGUCCUCACCAGCCUGAAAUCAGAAGAUGAGCCUACUCGAUCUCUGAGCGGUCUGAUCCUGAAAAACAACGUGAAGGCUCAUUACCAGAACUUUCCUCCCGCUGUGGCCGACUUCAUCAAGAGAGAGUGUCUCAACAACAUCGGAGACCCGUCCCCUCUCAUCCGCGCCACCAUCGGUAUUCUCAUUACUACUAUCGCCUCUAAAGGCGAGCUGCAGACAUGGCCAGAACUGCUGCCACAACUCUGCAACCUUCUGAACUCCGAGGAUUACAACACCUGUGAGGGCUCUUUCGGUGCGCUGCAGAAGAUCUGCGAGGACUCGUCUGAGCUCUUGGACAGCGAUGCUUUGAAUCGACCUCUCAACAUCAUGAUCCCCAAAUUCCUGCAGUUCUUUAAGCACUGCAGCCCUAAAAUCAGGUCUCAUGCUAUAGCGUGUGUGAAUCAGUUUAUCAUCGGCAGAGCUCAGGCUCUCAUGGACAACAUUGACACCUUCAUAGAGUCUCUUUUCGCUCUUGCGGGUGAUGAGGACUGCGAGGUGAGGAAGAACGUGUGCCGAGCGCUGGUGAUGCUGCUGGAGGUCCGAAUCGACCGGCUCAUACCCCACAUGCACAGCAUCAUACAGUACAUGCUCCAGCGCACACAGGACGCAGAUGAGAACGUGGCGCUGGAGGCGUGCGAGUUCUGGCUCACGCUGGCCGAGCAGCCCAUCUGUAAGGAGGCUCUGUCAGGUCACCUGGUCCAACUCAUUCCCAUCCUGGUUAACGGAAUGAAGUACUCGGAGAUCGACAUCAUCUUGUUGAAGGGUGACGUGGAGGAGGACGACAACGUUCCUGACAGCGAGCAGGACAUCAAGCCUCGCUUCCACAAGUCACGCACCGUCACCCUGCAGCACGAGGGAGGAGAGGGUGAGGAGGGAGAAGAUAUCGACGAAGAUGAUGAUGACGACGACGACACCCUGUCUGACUGGAACCUGCGUAAGUGUUCUGCAGCUGCGCUGGACGUGCUAGCGAAUGUGUUUCGUGACGAUCUGUUGCCGCAUCUCCUGCCGCUUCUAAAGGGUCUGCUGUUCCAUCCGGACUGGGUGAUCAAAGAGUCGGGAAUACUAGUUCUGGGAGCCAUUGCUGAGGGCUGCAUGCAGGGCAUGGUGCAGUACCUGCCCGAGCUCAUCCCGCACCUCAUCCAGUGUCUGUGCGAUAAGAAGGCUCUGGUGCGCUCCAUCGCCUGCUGGACGCUCAGCCGCUAUGCGCACUGGGUGGUGAGCCAGCCUCCGGACGCCCACCUCAAACCGCUCAUGACGGAACUGCUCAAACGCAUCCUGGACGGCAACAAACGGGUGCAGGAGGCGGCCUGCAGUGCGUUUGCGACUCUGGAGGAGGAGGCUUGCACAGAGCUGGUGCCGUACCUCAGCUUUAUUUUGGACACUCUGGUGUUCGCGUUUGGGAAAUAUCAGCACAAGAACCUGCUCAUCCUCUACGACGCCAUCGGCACGCUGGCAGAUUCUGUCGGGCAUCACCUUAACCAGCCGGAAUAUAUCCAGAAACUGAUGCCGCCUCUCAUUCAGAAAUGGAAUGAGCUGAAAGAUGAAGACAAAGAUCUGUUUCCUCUGCUGGAGUGUUUGUCGUCUGUGGCUACAGCAUUACAGAGCGGUUUUCUGCCGUACUGUGAGCCCGUCUAUCAGCGCUGCGUUACCCUGGUGCAAAAAACACUCGCACAAGCCAUGAUGUACAGUCAGCAGCCGGAUCAGUAUGAAGCUCCAGAUAAAGACUUCAUGAUCGUGGCUCUGGAUCUGCUCAGCGGUCUGGCCGAGGGUCUCGGCGGUCAUGUGGACCAGCUGGUCGCCCGAAGCAACAUCAUGACCCUUCUGUUCCAGUGUAUGCAGGACACCAUGCCGGAGGUGAGACAGAGCUCAUUCGCUCUGCUGGGUGACCUGACCAAGGCCUGUUUUCCGCACGUCAAGCCCUGCAUCGCCGAGUUCAUGCCGAUCCUGGGGACGAAUCUGAACCCCGAGUUCAUCUCCGUGUGUAAUAACGCCACCUGGGCCAUCGGAGAGAUCUGCAUGCAGAUGGGUGUGGAGAUGCAGCCGUACGUGGCUCUGGUUCUUCCUCACCUGGUGGAGAUCAUAAACAGACCCAACACUCCCAAAACGCUUCUGGAGAACACAGCGAUCACGAUUGGUCGUCUGGGUUACGUCUGUCCACAGGAAGUGGCUCCCAUGUUGCAACAGUUCAUCAGGCCCUGGUGCACAUCGUUACGGAACAUCAGAGAUAACGAAGAAAAGGACUCCGCCUUCAGAGGCAUUUGUGUGAUGAUUGGUGUCAAUCCUGGGGGUGUGGUCCAGGAUUUCAUCUUCUUCUGUGAUGCGGUGGCCUCCUGGGUUAACCCUAAAGAUGACCUGAGGGACAUGUUCUACAAGAUCUUGCAUGGUUUUAAGGACCAGGUCGGUGAGGAGAACUGGCAGCAGUUCUCGGAGCAGUUCCCUCCCAUCCUGAAGGAACGCCUCUCUGCAUGCUAUGGCGUAUAGCCACGCCCCUCUGCUUCACACACAGCACACGCUGUCAGUUGAACCUUUAGGAGGGGGGAACUCAUCCAUCUGUGUAUUGCACUGCCCUGAUCGUGGGGGAGAGGGAUGCGAUUGGCCGCUCCGCCUGAUGGACAGAUCCCACGCCCUUUGUGUGUCCAUG